AUGCUGUCCAAUCCAACGACAACCCGUCCCCCGAGGCAGAGGCAACACCGCCGCCAGAACUCGACACCCUCUGCCUUUGAGGGGGGGACGGCCCAGAACAUGCCCUCCGGCAUCAACAGACGACAAGCCGUGGCCCAUCGCCGCGGUCUCAGCCUGGAUAUCAGACGCUUCCAGAUGACACCACCGACGUCAGAACGGCAGGAUAACAUGCAUCGAGUACUGCGAGAAGCGCAGCAGCAACGCACACAAGCACGCCCGGGCCCGCAUCCCAACCACAACCACAACCCCUACCUCGCCAUGAGGCAUGGUAAUACUGAAAACUUCACCAUGUCCCCUGACCAUACCCCUCACAGUCAACGGUUCUCUGCCUCGUCACCUUUCAACCCGAGCAGCGCGCCUUUUGACCCCUAUGGCGAGCAGCUCAACCUCAUGAUGCAGAGGAACCAAGGGAGCUAUGGUGACAACUUGUCAAGCGCCAGGAACUUUGAACUCUUCACCGUCGAAAACGCGCAGUCCAUGUCCUCGUACACCGGCAUUCCCGAGAGCCCCAGCCAGGGGUGGAUGGCGGACGGAGGCAAUGCCACUCUCCGCCGCUCAACUCGCAGAAUCAGCGACGGCAUCAUGGACCGCGUUGCCAUUUUUGAAAACAUGAACGGCGAAGAGGCCCAGGCUCCUUCAACGCCCCCCAACUACAACGAAAAUGACACUCCUCAUGACCGGGCCGGCAAGCAGGAAGCUCGCGCGGCCAGGUUUGCGGAGGACUAUGACGAUAGCAUGGAGGAGACUCUCAAGCCCACACGGACCCGCGGUCAGCCCCGCGCCCAGGACGUGUUCCAAGAGAUGCGCCAGCAGGCCCAGAUGGCCAGUGCCGUGCCGAGUCCCCCCCAAUCCACGCCCCUCCCCAAUUCCAAGACUUUCAAUGCAGUGCCAAUGCAGACCACCGACUUCCUGAGCAUGAAUUCGUUCAAGGACGAGUUCAUGGAGGGCUUUGAUACCACCCUCUCACGGGACAAUUUCCUCCCUGAAGAGCCCUCGCAGCACACCACCCCCGAGACUCACCACAUGGGCGGUUUUGCCAGCGGAUGUGACAGCCGGUCUGAGUAUCCGAAUUAUCAGGAAGCUGAGGCCGCCCACCUCCAACAACGUUCCAUGCACCGCCGCACAGAAUCCGUUGCUAGCAUUGCCAGUGCCGCCAGCAUUGCCAGCAUUAACAUUGAAGAGACAAAGACCGAGACUGGCGUCACGACUGAGGAGAUUGCUCAAUUUAUCCAGAGCCCCGAUGCUAGCGAUGGCAAGUGGGUGUGCCUGUUCGAGGAGUGCGGCAAGGAAUUCGGCCGCAAGGAGAACAUCAAGUCGCACGUCCAGACCCAUCUCAACGACCGCCAAUACCAGUGCCCUACCUGCAAGAAGUGCUUCGUUCGCCAGCACGACCUCAAGCGCCACGCUAAGAUUCAUACCGGUAUCAAGCCGUAUCCCUGCGACUGCGGCAACAGCUUUGCUCGCCACGAUGCGCUGACGAGACACCGCCAACGUGGCAUGUGCAUUGGUGCUUUUGACGGUAUCGUUCGCAAGACUGUCAAGCGUGGUCGUCCCAAGAAGCACCGACCCGAUAUGGAGACGCGCAUGGAGAAGUCAGCUAGAACCAGGAGAAAGAACAACAUGUCUGUUAGCUCUAUGUCGUCCUUUUCUGGCUACUCGGACAGCUCAGUCGCCAACUCCCCCGAACCCGACUUCUGCAUGACCGACGAGCUCAUGGACAUGGGCCCCGUCGACUCUUCCAUGCACGGUAUGGCCGCCCUGUCCUCUGCGCCGAUGCCCAUGAUGGUGAGUCGCCGCAACGUGGCGGCGGUAGUGGCCUCGCCCUCAGUAGCUAGCGUCCACUCGUACGUCUCACCCGAGGCCAUCAUGGAUAAGGAGCCCGAGCUGCCGGUCAACAGCGCCGCCGGUCAAUGGAGCAGCGCCCCUCCUUCGCUGACGCGCUCGUCCUCGCCGCCGGCGGUCGAGGUCAUCCCCAUGAGCCGCAACGCCUCUUCUAACAUGGACAGCGACGAGCUGGUCGACAAUAUCGAGCACGGUGAGAUGGCUGCCUCGGCGGCGGCAAACAACACACUGCCCAUGAACCUCAGCCAGCAGGAGGAAGACCUUAUGCUGCAAUUUACCCAUGACGACGAUCUCGUUCCGCUCGAGCGUGACCUGAUGGGCAAGUUCGAAGAAGAGUUCAACAUGUUCACUAACCAUGAUGACCCUUUCUUUGGCAACUCAUGA